AUGGCAGGCGCCAAUGACGACGGCGGCGAUGAAAUGAUAUUCCCCGCUUCGCAGGCGAGCUCGCAUUUCCCCCUUGAACCAGUCUCCGCAGCCGUCCUCUGCAGUCGGGAGACGAAGCGCAGAGAUGCAGCGGUGGCGAGGGGUCGAGUGCAGGUCGGGAGCCGGGAGGUCGAUGAGGAGGUCCUCUGUGGCGGGUUCGAGAGGGGGAGUGUUGUUGGGCUUAGUUCUGAGAGUGAGCAGAUGGGGAUCCUGAUUUCGAUGCAGGCCCUGGCCAAGACACUCUGCGGAAAGGAGCUCGAGAAUGAUGAGAGGGGCAAGGAGGCGAGGGUGAUGGUUGUCACGACGCAGCCUCCUGCGGCCAUCCUCCCGCCGCUGAGGGAUGCCAUUCGAACGGAGCUCGUGGUCCGCGGCGCCGCUGAGGCGGAUGUGGCGACGAGGUUGAGGCGGUGUUUGGGGAGGGUCUCUGUCUCGAGGGUGUUUGAUUUCGAGGGCUUGUGGGAGGCUCUUGGCGACUUGGACAUUCUGCCUGAGAGUCCUGAGCCACGCGUGGUCUCCUCCCCGGGGGUUCGCGCACCAUCUAGGGAGCGGUCGAAGGAUGAUGAUAAGCAUGAUACGGGAGACGAUAAGAGGAAUGAAGGGGUUGCGGAAGGCUCGGCCGGUGUGGAAGCGCCUGCUGAGGAUGCGGCGAAUUCGUCGAGGGGACAAGAGCAUGCUGUGCCUGAGCCAGAAGUAUCUCAACAGCCCGAGAGGAUUGUGUUGCCGGAACUCAAGCCACGGCCUCAGCCGAUUAAAUCUACGAGAACAGAGAUCGCGGAUAGUGACGAGGAUGACGAUGAGGACGCUAUCUCGCUGCCAUCUUCGUCGUCUUCUUCGCUGUCACCGCCGCCCUCGACAAUUCGGUCCCCGACGCCGUUUAUAACUGCAGAUUCUCCCGAGAGAGGAGCGGAUGAAGAGGAAGUUACUGAAGGCGCACAGGGGGACGACCUGAAUAAUAAUGUUGAAGGAACGCCAGAACAAGUCACAAAAGAGCUUCACGAGGAGGAGACUGAGAGUAGACCACCGCCGCCAGAGAAGGAGAUUCCCGAGGCCACCCCAGCCGUAGCAGCACCCGAGAGCAGAUCCCCAGAAGACGACGAUUCGAAAGGUCCAACCUUGCCGGAUAUCAUCCUCAUCACCCACUUCCACAGCCUCAUGACGGCCCUCUUCACCCGCCGCGACCGUCAGUCCGCGCAUGACUCGCUCCAACGCCUCUCCUCCCACCUGCGGUAUCUAUCCAGAAACCUGGAGACUAGCCCCUUGAUCAUGCUCCUCAACAGCACGAGCUCUUCAAAAGAGUCGACGAUGUCCAAGCCCGCGAUUGCCCAGGGAGGUCAGCCGCCGCCACCACCGAAUGGAGGAGAACAUGGCACUGGCAGUGGUGGUAAGGCGGUCGACCCGACGCUCCGAUCCAUCUUUAACCCACCUGCGCUGAAUAUCACGGGUUACGGCUACGGCGGGAACCAGGCGGCGUCGAGGCGGAAUAAACCCACCUUUGGGCUUGUGUUUUCGCAGCUUCUCGAUUUGCACCUGCUGUGUACAAAAAUACCUAGGGAUAAGGAAGAUGCUGAGAGAUUGUAUACUGCUCCGCCUGGGGGUGGCGGUGGAGGGGAAGAUGAUGGCACAGGGGGUGUGAGAUUUGUGUGGGCUUUGGAGGUCCUUCUUGACGAGAUUGGUGUUUGGGAGCACGGGACGGAAGCGGGAGUGGGAGGAAGAAGAAGGGCCUCGAGAAAGAGCAGAGAGCAGCGAUGGGGUGCUGUUGAUGUCAGGAGCGGGCGGGUUGUCGAUGCCUUUGAGGCGGUGGAACGGAAGAAGGCUGGGGAGAUUCGGGUUGUUGGCGGGUUUGGGGGCCCGCGAGUGUGA